GGCACAUAGCGCGAACCACCACUGCCCGGAGGUAACGACGGACAGACACAUCGACAGUCGUUACCUGCGCCGCGCGUCUCCAGUUUGGAUCAAGAAGCGAUCCGGCGAGAGGCAAGAGAUCUCUCUUGUGGACUAUCUCGCCAUGAGGAAUCUCUGAGCUGGCAGUAACAUAACUCCCGCGGCCGCUCGAAGCUUCCCCUCGGCUGCUUCCAAAGGCUUUGCCCAUGAGCAGGUAUCCUUUCGAGUGUGAUUCUGUUUUCACCCAGAUUUCUGCUGCCUGGACAAAUGCAUACAAAUGCAUUUAGGAGCUCAACGGACAAGGAGUGGACACGUUUCCGCGGCAGCGACGUGGAACUUUCUACUGCUCCUGUCAGUAUGCUCUGCAGCACUCUCUGGAGAAGAAGACGACCGAGCUCAAGGAGUGGAUAUCCUCUAUCAACUCGGGCUCACAGUUCAGAGUAUAACAGACCAUCCAUACGAAAGAUCUGCCAAACCUUCAGCCACAUAUACCACUGUUCCCUCAACUAUAAAUCUCCCAUUUUCUGGACAUGGGGUAAUACUAGAUUCAAACUCUCUUUAUGAGGCUCCUGUGGGCAGUCUCUUUCCUCCAGAGUUUGGUGAGGAGUUUUCUGUUGUUAUAAGUGUAAGCUCCUGGCGAGCAAAGAACGCUUUUAUUUUCAGUGUCAGAGAUGGUAGAGACAGACUGCGGUUUGGCAUUCAGCUCCUGCCACGCAGAGUGGUGGUCUACACAGCAGAGAAAGCAGCCAUCUACUUUACCUACAACUGGCAUGAUGGGCACCAGCGUCCUUUUGCUAUUGGUGUUCGCGCACGCUCAGUGUCCUUCUAUUCGGAUUGUGGAGCAGUACACCAGCGGGAGCAAACCCUGGGGAGGUCUCAGACACUUAGGAAUUCUGGUGGUCAAUUCACUUUGGGGAGGCUGAACCUUAAAGCUGCACCAUUCAAUGGGCGAAUUUGCCAACUAGAUAUAUAUCCUUCGGCCCAAGCUGCUGCACACUAUUGCAACUACCUUAGAAAACAGUGCCGGCUGGCUGACACGUACCGAUCGUCUUUGGGACAUCAUGGUUUGACUAUCGAGGCAAAAGAUAGCCCCUUUAAUACCGUAACAAUGUCCUCUCUUGGAACAGCAAAUAUUCAUCAAAUGCUGAUGAAUUCCAAGGGAACAGUGGCCUCUGACAGUGUGCGCAAAUAUUAUUCAACUCCAAGCCCUAUACCAGAAGCGCAUCUCGAAGACCAGAGCCACAUUUCUGCAUUUGAAACCCUUGUGAAGUCUUCUAUAUCCUCUGAUCACGCUGACAGAGAAAAUUCCGCUACUCACAGUGGGCAACCAGGUCUGGAUUUCAUAGUAACUGUAACCACAUCCAAAAACAUGUUGGCCAAAGGACCGAGACUCCAAGGGGAAGGACUCUGGAACAUCUCCAUAAUCAACUCCGGGGACUCAAGUGUUGGUCCUCAAGAGGGUCAGCAGCAACUGGAGACUCAUCCAAUGGCUGGUGACACCACUUUUUAUCAUGAAAAUAAUGUAGACUCCUUAGAGCAACAUCAACUGGAUGGCAGCUAUGAUGACCGGAACAUGGGCGGAUAUGAUUAUGGGUACGAAGAGGCAGACCUCUUGUAUGACUAUGAAGAUGGCUGGCGUGGCCCCAAAGGAGAGCUGGGUCUUUCGGGUCCUCCUGGUCCCCCUGGUUUACCUGGUCCUCAAGGAGCAAGAGGCACUAGGGGUCCCAAUGGUCCACCCGGAAAGCCUGGACCAGCAGGACCACCUGGACCCAAGGGUGCAAAGGGAGACCCAGGGCUAUCUCCAGGUCAAGCUUCACCAGGAGAAAAGGGUGACAAAGGGCCACCAGGUCUGGUUGGUUCUGAUGGAUUUCCAGGUUUGCAGGGUCCAAAAGGUUAUCCAGGACCACCUGGGCUACCAGGAGAACAAGGCAUACCAGGACUUCCUGGGGAAGCCGGGUCUGCAGGUUACCCUGGCAGGCAGGGUGCUACUGGCCCAGAAGGUAACCCGGGGCCUAAGGGGAUUCGUGGUUUCAUUGGACUUCCUGGUAUAGCUGGGCCACCAGGACUGGAGGGGGAGAAAGGCAUACUUGGUCCUCCUGGAAAACCUGGUAUCAAAGGAAGACAGGGUGUGGUGGGUGAAAUUGGUGAACGGGGGCCAACUGGUCCUGAUGGCAGUGAGGGACUUGUUGGUGGUACUGGUAUUGCCGGCUUUCCGGGCCUAAGGGGAGACCUGGGCCCUGAGGGUCCUCGAGGAUUGCCUGGUAUGGUCGGACCGAAGGGACCAGCCGGACGAGCUGGCCUGCCUGGAUUGAAAGGUGAUAAGGGUGAAGUGGGACAACGGGGUGAACCAGGAGAGAUUGGUUACCAUGGUGAUAAGGGUGUUCCUGGUAUAUCUGGUCCUCCCGGUCCAAGAGGAAAACCUGGACCACUGGGUAGAAUUGGAGAAGGUGGGCUACAAGGCCCACCAGGCCCUCCCGGACCAGAGGGUUUUCCAGGAGACAUCGGCAUGCCUGGGCCAAAUGGACCACCUGGACCAAAGGGUUUGCAAGGUGCUAGGGGUGUCCAAGGCCCAAUAGGACCAAAAGGAACACAGGGUGAAGAAGGUCCACUUGGUCCAUCUGGGAAUUCUGGUCCAAAUGGGCGACCUGGAAGGAAAGGCUAUAUAGGUGAACCUGGUCCAGAUGGUCUGCUGGGAGAGAAAGGGGACAUUGGAAAUGUUGGAAAAAUUGGACCACAAGGUCUUGUAGGCCUCAUAGGGACAGCUGGCAUGAGCGGAGGUCCCGGUGAAAAGGGUGACCGUGGACCGACAGGUUCAACAGGUCCAGCAGGAGAGAAAGGGCCACGAGGAUAUCCUGGGUUACCUGGGAAUCCUGGGGACAUCGGCAUGCAAGGUACACCUGGACUACAGGGGAAGAGAGGGAGUCCCGGCAGUGCCGGUACAAAGGGCCGUAGGGGGCCUCGAGGUCCUGAUGGCCCGCUGGGAGAACCAGGCCUCCAGGGCGCCAAGGGGGAAAUUGGUGAUAUUGGGAUAAAUGGAGAACCAGGUUUCAUAGGCAAAGUUGGCAUUCCAGGAGAGAGAGGCCUCCCUGGGAAGCCUGGUAAACCAGGUAUUCCAGGCAAUACAGGGGAUAGGGGACCCCACGGUGAUGCUGGACCCAGAGGACCUCCUGGAGAGGCAGGACCUGAUGGAGAGCAAGGACCUGAUGGUGGCCCUGGUGUAGAGGGGGAACCAGGUGCAGUUGGAGAGCCAGGGUUAAAGGGUGAUGUUGGGCCUCCAAGAGCAGAAGGAGAGCAGGGACAAGAAGGAAUUAGAGGCCCUCCUGGUCCACCUGGUGAAGAGGGUCCACAAGGGAAUGAUGGACCCAAGGGUGAGUCUGGUGAGUGGGGUCCAGGAGGGGAGCCAGGGGACAAAGGGAUAGAAGGAGCCCCUGGAUCUGCAGGGCCACCUGGACAACCUGGGAAACAGGGCUUCCGUGGGCCAGAAGGAAAACCAGGGUCACCAGGAAACAGGGGACGCAGUGGAAAGAAGGGUGAGAGAGGUCCCUCUGGUCUUGUUGGUGAACCUGGAGACCGUGGAGACAUUGGCCCCCCAGGCGAGGCGGCGCCAAAAGGUGCCAGAGGAACUCGAGGGCCUCCUGGUCGGCCUGGGAUCAUGGGUAUGGAGGGGCAACCGGGAUUGGCAGGAUACACAGGUCAUCCUGGCAAGCAGGGGCCCAUUGGACCCCCAGGGCCUAAAGGUGAAAAGGGUUAUCCAGGUGAGGACAACAAGACCCCAGGACCACCAGGGCCCUUAGGUGAACCAGGGACACCAGGGAGAGCGGGGAGAUCGUGGAGAGCCAGGAGAUGA